AUGGCGGUUAUUGAAAUUUUGGCGUUGGGUUUCUUGUGGAUGAAUAGAUUUGAAUUUGCUCAUGGCUGGACAAGCGCUCAUGCAACGUUUUAUGGGGGUGGUGAUGGAUCCGGCACUAUGGGUGGUGCAUGUGGGUAUGGAAAUCUAUACAACCAAGGAUAUGGACUCAACACGGCAGCUCUAAGCACUGCUUUGUUCAAUAAUGGGCUCACCUGCGGAGCUUGCUUUGAAAUAAAAUGCACCGAUGAUCCACAGUGGUGCCAUUCCAAGUCAAUUGUGGUCACUGCUACAAAUUUCUGCCCGCCUAACUAUGCACUUCCUAACAAUGCAGGGGGGUGGUGUAAUCCCCCUCUUCAGCAUUUUGAUCUUUCAGAGGCAAUGUUUGACCGCAUUGCAAUUCACAAGGCAGGCAUUGUUCCUGUUCUCUACCGAAGAGUGGUAUGCGAGAAAAGCGGUGGAAUUCGAUUCACCAUCAACGGCGUCUCCUAUUUUAAUUUGGUGCUCAUCACCAACGUGGGCGGAGCAGGGGACGUGAGUGCAGUUUCUAUAAAGGGCUCUAAAACGGGGUGGCAGGCCAUGAAAAGAAACUGGGGCCAAAAUUGGCAAAGCAAUAGCUAUUUGAAUGGGCAAAGCCUGUCGUUUCGAGUGAGCACCAGUGACGGGAGAACAGUUACCUCCUAUAAUGUGGCUCCCUCCACCUGGCAAUUUGGCCAGAGUUUUACCGGCGCUCAGAUAUGA